AUGGAUCCCCAAAAUCCCUCCUCAGCCCCUCACGGCAGCCAUCAACAUCCCCAGCCCCCACAGCAACAACCACAAUAUGAUCUCAGCAAGGGCGGCCACUAUGGUGCCAGUGUGCAUCUUUCACAGCAAGGCUUUGCUCCAUCAGAGCUCUACACCGGGACAUGGGCGAAUGUCCACCAAGGCCUCACGGGGUCUUACAAAGACAUCCUGACGGCCUACUGGCAGCAAACCAUCAACCACCUCGAGACGGACCAGCAUGACUACAAACAACACCAAUUACCCCUUGCCCGCAUCAAGAAGGUGAUGAAGGCCGAUCCCGAAGUCAAGAUGAUCUCAGCCGAAGCCCCCAUUCUCUUCGCCAAGGGUUGCGACAUCUUCAUCACUGAGCUCACCAUGCGUGCCUGGAUUCAUGCUGAGGAGAACAAGCGCCGCACCCUCCAACGCUCCGAUAUUGCCUCCGCCCUUGCCAAGUCCGACAUGUUUGACUUCCUCAUCGACAUCGUUCCCCGCGAGGAAGCCUCCUCCCACGCUAAGCGGACUUCCAACCAGGCUGCUGCUGCUGCCGCCGCUGCCAACCAACAACCCCCCCAGGUGCCUGGUGUUGGUCCCGGCCCCGGCGGUCAGCACACCAUGAACCCCGCCGACUACGGCGUUCAUCAGAUUGCCCAAGAGGGCGACUACCGCAAUCCUCAGACCAUGUACCCAGGCGGUGUUAUGCCUGGCGCGCCAUCAUAUGGUCAACCGCAGGCCCAAAUGUACAACGCCGAUGAGAUGUACUACGGUACUAUUCAACAGCAACAGAGCGCUUAG